AUGGAGACUCUAGUUUCAACCUGGUCCAGAACUGCUCAAAUCUUACCGGAAAACUAUGUCUUCCCCAUCGGUGAAAGGCCUGGUUCUGUCGAGGUUCCUAUAUGCCAAAACAUCCCAUUGAUUGAUCUAGCUGAAGGUCAAAGUCAAAGUCAAACAAUUGACACAAUACUUGCUGCCUGUGAAGAAUUCGGCUUUUUCCAGGUGAUGAAUCAUGGAAUUUCUGAAGAUCUAAUUGAUGACACAAUGAAGGUGGUCAAAGAUUUCUAUGAUAUGCCGGAUGAAGAGAAGGCGAAAGUAUAUUCAAUUGAUCCUAGUAAAAGUUGCCAACUUUACACUAGCAGUUAUACCUAUGCUGAUGAAAAAGUUCAUUUUUGGAGAGACAAUUUGCGACACCCUUGUCAUCCUUUAGAUGAAUGCAUUCACUUAUGGCCCGAAAAAACCUACCAACUAUCGCAAUGUUGUUGGGAAAUAUUCAUUGGAAGUGAGGAAGUUGUCGUUAAUAAUGUUGGAGCUAAUUCGUGA